UUACUGCAGUAUGUUAUUAAAAUAUUAAUAUACUGUUCAAUUAAAAAUUUAAUUUCUUGCAUUGUUUUCAGAUAUGGUCUGUCGUAGAAUUUUUAGAAGAAUUCUGUGAAAUCGAAGUUGUACCAACUUCAUGGCUAGAACGAAGGAAAGACAAGAUUUUAUGUAAAUGGCCACUUAAAAAUCAUAGAAAAUGUAUUCGAAAAAAUGUACAACCGGACAGCAGCUGGGAAGUGUACAGAGUACAACUUCUUACUCAAAGUGGUAAGAAUUUUAAUGAAAAACGAUGUUUAAUAAUGUCUAUGAAUUACACAAGUAAAUACCCCAGUUAGUCAAUACUUGUAAGAAACUUACGACAUGUCAAAGAUCUGUCUUUAAUACAAAUUGAAUCAAGGCCAUCAUAAAAUGUUUUAAAGCAGAGCAUGAAUAAUGGUUUUAUGUAAAUGGCAAUCUUAAAUGCAUUAAAAACAUUUCUUCUUUUUCAACUGUAACUUUCUCCAAUUACAGACUCCUAUCAGAGAGCAUUAAAUUACGCGAAAAAAAAAUCAAAUACAGAUACAGAUACAUCAUGUUCUCAGUUAGGGAAAGGUAAACGUAAAAGAAAGCAUAAGAGCCCAGAUAUCAGUGAUAAUUCUGAUAGCGACUCACAGAGAAUGACACCACCUCCUUCGAUAACAAUAUGUCAAGAUAUACAGAUAGAUCCAUGCGAUGAAUUACUUCAUGACGAAGCAGUACCAAUUAUACUUUCGCAAGAACUCAAUAAUGGUAAUUAUUAUUUAUUAUUUUUCAAUUAUGAACAAUAUAUUUUAUUUUAUAUUUACCUGGUUUUUGCACAUGUAGAUAUGUUAAUAGACAAAGAGGAACAAAACUAUGAUAAUAUAAAUACGGAAAAAGAUAUUGCUGUCAUUGAAGAAGAAGGUAAUGAUUUCAAUAACAAUAAUGGCAAUUCAACCGUUAUACCAGAACAAGAAAAUACUGCUGUAAUGACAAAUACACAUGAGAAUUUUACAGAGAACAUUAUUAUUGAAGAUUUACGAACAGAUAGCAACGUAAUGUUAAAAAUAUUACACAAUGUUUUGGCAACCAGAAAAAUGGUAGAACAGCAAAAUGAAUUCUUAAAACAAUUAGAUUCCAGAUUGAAUAUCAAUGUUGCUUUAAAUACAGUUGCUGCAACAAAUUCAAAUAUUACAGAGACAAAUAUAAUUCCUACUAAACCUUUCAAUAAAUAUAAGAAGUUAUUAAAGUUUGACGAUGGCUUGAAAGCAAAUAUAGCAGCAUCAAAACAAUUGGAAAUGUUUUUCUAUUUAUUAGGAGGGAAUACUGCCCAAGUUCUAAGUAAAAAUGGAUUGGAGAAAUUAUUUACAAAUAAGCUGGGUUCUAAAUGCUCUUGGUUUGGACGCAAAGGAAAUGACCAAUUAAGCUCAUUACAUACAAUGGAACUUUUAAAAAACGCAAUAAGAAAACAUUUUCCGAUGUACACCGAUAAAAACUUUCAAGAUCAUGUAUCGACAUGGUUUAAAUAUGCAAAAACGAGAUAUUUAAGAGAAACAGACCGAGAUGAGAACAAAGAGAACAAGGAAUAAGACAAUAAUAUUUGUUAAUCUAAAUAUAUAAUAUUUUUGUUAACCUAUAAUAUUAUUAUUAUUUGUUUUAAUAUUAUUAAUUUUAAUAUUUUAAACUAGAAGCAAUAAAAAAAACUA